AGGAAGUUAAUCUCACUUUGAUCAUGAUGGUUUCAUUCACUUCAACAUCAACAAUGAAACAAACCGGUUCCAGUGUGAACGGGUUCUGAACUGUGUGUGGGGGGGGUCAGGGAUCUGGUGCAGGUCCUCUUCAGUCCUGGGGGGGGGGGUCAUCAUCAUCAUCAUCAUCUCUGUUCCAGCUGACGUCAGGAAGUCGGAGGAGGAGACUCAACCAGGAGUCGUCCCCUCGUAUAAAAAGCUCAGCAGCAGACGGGCAGAGGACAGACUGAGGACAGGGGACAGGCUGAGGACAGGCUGAGGACAGGGGACGGAGGGACGGCCAGAAGAUGGAAGACAUGGAGCUGGAGGUGUUGAACGUCCCAGUUUCCACGGUGACGCCUGACCCUGACCUGAACUCCUCCUCCUCCGUUUGGCUCCGCCCCCUCACUAACACUUCCCACCCACCUCCAAUCACGGUGGAGGAUUCACAUGCCGCCGCCCGCCUGGUCCUCGUCGCCGUGGUAACCGCCUCCCUGAGCGCGGUCGCCGUGGGGGGCAACGCGCUGGUCAUCCUCUCCAUCAAGGUCAACCGGCGCCUGCGCACCAUCAACAACUACUUCCUGCUGAGCCUGGCGGCGGCCGACCUGGUGGUGGCGCUGGUGUCCAUGAACCUGUACACGCUGUACCUGCUGGGGGGGCGCUGGCCGCUGGGGGCCGCGCUGUGUGACGCGUGGCUGGUGCUGGACUACGUGGCGAGUAACGCCUCCGUCCUGAACCUGCUGCUCAUCAGCCUGGACCGCUACCUCUGCAUGACGCGGCCCCUCAGCUACCCGGCCCGCCGGACCCGCAAGAUGGCCGCCGUGAUGGUCGCCACCGUCUGGCUGCUGUCCCUCGUCCUCUGGGCUCCCGCCAUCCUGAGCUGGCAGAGCGCCGGGGGGAGGCGGCUUGUCGCGGAUGGACACUGUUACAUCCAGCUCCUCGUGAGCCCGGCCGUCACCAUGGCGACGGCGAUGCUGUCCUUCUACCUGCCGGCGCUCGCCAUGAUCGGCCUUUACUGCCGCCUCUCGGCCGCCAGCCUCGGACGGCUGGGCGUGCUCAGAACAAGCAGAACCUCGGUCAAAGACUUCCUGUGGAGGAGGCGGAGCUGGGUGAGCGGAGACCCCGCCUCCGACCUGUCUGUUGACCAAUCAGAGUCCAGCACCCCGAAGACAGAGAGGACGGGGACAACUUCCAGAAGUUCAGAGGACGCAGUGGAGACCGCCGUGGUGUCCAGCAGUCCCAGCUUCAGGUCCCAGGAGAGGAGGAGGCGUCGGGUGAUGGCGAGAGAGAGGAGGGUGACUAAGACCAUCCUGUCCAUCCUGCUGGCCUUCCUCGUCACCUGGACGCCGUACAACGUCAUGGUGGUCGUCGCCACCUUCUGCCACAACUGCGUCCCCAGACUGGCGUGGGUCAUCGGCUACUGGCUGUGCUACGUCAACAGCGCCAUCAACCCCGCCUGCUACGCCCUCUGCAACGCCACCUUUAGGAAAACCUUCUGCAGCCUCCUCUGCUGCUGCCGCAGGAAACUGUAGUGAUGGAGACGCCAGGUAAACACUUCCUCUUCUUCUUCUAUGGUUUGUCAAGGAGGAAACAAACAUGUGGAGAAGCUCCUCCAAGCUUUAACCCUCUGGAGUCACACGACCAGUUUAAGACGACGUAGCACCAAGACGCUUCUCACUGAGUCUCUGUUUCUACAGAGAAGAGAGCUAGCAAGAGGAGAGAGCUAACAAGAGG